CAUGAAUAUUUGUAGAGAGAGAAACAAAAGGAGUACUGUCGGCUUCAACCAGGCAAACACCAUCACCAUUUUCUCUCUCUUCCUCGAUAGCUUUACUCUCUCUUUGUCAAGAACACAAAACCCUAAUUUCAUCUCUUUAUUGUUCAGCUAAUCGGUCAAUUUAAUCUUCGACCUGUUUUCUGUGACAGAGUUUAGUUAAUUUUCUGAAGUUUUUUCGAUUGUGUGUGUUGUUGUACAUGGAAAUUAAUGUUAUUUACGUGGAUUAUGAUGAGAAAUAACGAAAUCCGGGUGAAUACUUAAGGCGUUUGUGCCCAAUUUUUUAAGUUGUGCAGAUUAUUUGAGAGGGGGUGAUAAAUUUUGUGCUUUUGGAGAGAUUUGUUGAAGAAGAGCAAGAACAGUUAGAGAUUUUGAGGCUUUAAAGUUCACAUCUGCAUUUGUUCACUAUUACUUGGUUUAUUCUGAUUCUCGUGAGUUUUGUCAGUUGGAUCUAGUUAAUUUUGCCGGGAAUUCAUUGAGAGGUAUAGUCUUCUGAAGACACAGAUAAUCACUUAAGAGUUGGUGACUUCAAAUUGAUUUUCUUAUGGCACACGUUGCUGCAAAUCAUUUCGGUGGCGGGACUCAUCCAGGGGUGUCUGCAAAUGGUGCAUUAUACAAGGAACUUUGGCAUGCCUGUGCUGGACCUCUCGUAACAGUUCCUCGUGAAGGGGAAAGAGUUUAUUAUUUCCCACAGGGUCACAUGGAACAGCUUGAAGCAUCGACACACCAGGGAGUAGACCAACACCUUCCGUCUUUCAAUUUGCCAGCUAAAAUUUUAUGCAAAGUGAUGAAUGUCCAACUUCGGGCCGAGUCAGAGACAGAUGAGGUGUAUGCACAGAUAACUCUGCUUCCUGAACAAGAUCAAGGCGAGAUCACAAGCCCUGAUCCUCCUCCCCCUGAACCUGAAAAGUGCACUGUCCAUUCGUUUUGCAAGACUCUUACUGCAUCUGAUACUAGCACCCAUGGUGGGUUUUCUGUUCUCCGAAGGCAUGCAGAUGAAUGUUUACCUCAACUGGACAUGUCGCAACAACCACCAUGGCAGGAAUUGGUCGCUAGUGAUCUACAUGGCAAUGAAUGGCACUUCCGCCACAUUUUUCGAGGUCAACCUAGGCGACACUUGCUCACAACUGGGUGGAGUGUUUUUGUCAGUGCAAAGAAGCUGGUUGCUGGAGAUGCUUUCAUCUUUCUCAGGGGAGACAGUGGGGAGCUUAGAGUUGGUGUUAGGAGACUCAUGAGACAGCUAAAUAAUAUGCCAUCUUCUGUGAUUUCAAGUCACAGUAUGCAUUUGGGUGUUCUUGCAACUGCAUCUCAUGCCAUCUCAACUGGGACCCUCUUCUCGGUGUUCUAUAAGCCUAGGACUAGUCAGUCAGAAUUCAUUGUCAGUGUGAACAAAUAUCUUGAAGCACGAAAUCACAAGCUUUCUGUUGGGAUGAGGUUUAAAAUGAGAUUUGAGGGUGAGGAAGUUCCAGAAAGAAGGUUUAGUGGAACAAUUGUUGGUGUUGGUGAUAACCCAUCAUCUAGAUGGCCUGAUUCUGAAUGGAGAUCUUUGAAGGUUCACUGGGAUGAACCAUCGUCAAUUUUGCGUCCAGAUAGGGUUUCUCCAUGGGAUAUGGAACCACUUGUCGCAGCAACACCUACAAACACCCAGCCUCCUCAAAGAAAUAAGCGUGCUCGACCGUCAGUUUUACCGUCGCCAGUGCAAGAACUUCCUGCUUUAGGAAUGUGGAAGUCUCCUGUAGAUUCUCCUUCAUCAUUCUCGUACUGUGAUCCGUCUCGUGGGCGAGAUCUCUACCCUUCACCCAAACUUUCUUCUGCCGCAAAGGGCCUGGGUUAUGGUGAGAAUGGUUCCAUGCCUCUUUCUACCAAAACGAUGUACUGGUCAAGUCAAUCGGAGACAUGUACAGAGUCUGUUGCACCUGCUAGUGAAAAGAGACCGGCUAAUGGAUGUAGGUUAUUCGGAAUUGAGUUGCGGGAUUGUCCAACCAUAGACGAAUCCUCAUCGGUUGCUAUGCCAAGUGCUGUAAUGGAGGAUCUGCCAGCUCCAUCUUUAAAUAUUGAUUCUGACCGAAACUCCGAACCAUCAAAUCCAAUUCCUUCAGUAAGUUGUGAGCCUGAAAAGUCAUCUCUGAGGUCUACCCACGAGUCUCAAAGCAAACAAAUCCGGAGUUGCACUAAGGUGCAUAUGCAAGGGAAGGCAGUUGGGAGGGCAGUUGAUCUCACAAGAUUAGAUAGUUAUGAAGAUCUGCUUAAGAAAUUGGAGGAGAUGUUUGAGAUUGAAGGUGAACUUCGUGGAUCAACCAAGAAAUGGCAGGUAGUCUACACAGAUAACGAGGACGACAUGAUGAUGGUUGGAGAUGACCCAUGGCAUGAAUUCUGCAGCAUGGUUAGAAAAAUUUACGUCUACACAGCUGAGGAAGCCAAAAAACUUUCACCAAAGAUCAAACUUCCUGUUGACGAUGUGAAACCAGUUUCAGAUGCUGGUAUUGUUAGCAACGAGGAGAAAGCAUAGGAAGUGGGUCCAGGUACUUGAUAUACCCAUAUAAUGUGUAGAGGAGUGGGGAAAGAAUGGAUCUGACAUGAGUCCAUAGUUUUGGUUUUUUUUUGGGGAAUGUAAGUGAUGCAAUUAGCCCAUACUUGGCAUAUGGGUGGUCAGUUAUGGAUGGUGGCUGGCUGGCUGGCAAGACAAAAAAAAAAGAUCGGCUUUUGAUUUUUAAUGUAUUUUCUGAGGAGAGUGAUGCCAUAACAGAUAGGAUUCUCCAUCUUAGUAUUAUCUUAUUGUUAUGAUUUCGUCAAGAAAGGAGAAUCUUAUGAUUGCUUUGCUUGUUUGGACCUCAGAAAAAAGUUUGUCUGCACCCAUCUCUAAUCUAAUGGGAGAUGUGGAGAGAUAGAUACUUUCUGUUGCAUUUCUUUUUUAUGCCUUUUUGUUUAAAUAUAAAGUCAUGUUAUGACAAAGAUGGCUUAUGUAUAUAUUAUUAUAUAAAAAAAUACCUUUUGCAAUUA